AAGAAAAAAGGACCGAAAAACACGAACUUUUUGCAUUUCCUUCCAUUUCCAUUGCGUUAGCUUCGGUCACCGCCAUGAAUUUAUCCCUCCUCUCUCUCUCUUGUUUCUUUCCCUUUGUCCUUAAUUCAAUCGCCGUUGCUUUGAAUCUUCCACAACCUCUCUCUUCUUGACCUCCAUCAUUCUUCGGGGAACGAGCGAGUCAAUGCUCUUCAGAAAAUUCUCACCAAAUGUUAGAGCAAGAGGAUGUUUAUACACAGACCCAAUAGACAUUUUUGACAGAUCAAGCUCCACCCAGCAAUCCCAACAAGAAAUCGUAACCAACUGAAGUUACAGCAAUAUGGGUAUCCACUGAUUACGAUUCUUGGGCGAAAUCCUCGAUCAAGUUCGAUUUUUCAAUGGAUUCAGAUAUCUGGGCAGCUCGCCUCGCCGCCACGAAGCGCCAAUAUGCGUUCCAGAGCCAUAAUCACGGCUCCCGUUCAGAUAGAUUAGGCAUAGAGGGGCUUGAGUUGGAGGAUGACUUAUUGCCCGACUUCCCAUGCCCGUAUUGCUACGAGGAUUUUGACAUUGCUUCACUAUGCUCACAUCUCGAGGACGAGCACUCCGGCGAGUCUAAAACCACUGUUUGUCCCAUUUGCUCCGUCAAAGUAUUGCAUGACAUGCUGAGUCACAUAACCCAUCAACAUGGGCACCUACUAAAGAUGCAGAGACGCCAUAGAUUGCGUAGGGUCGCAAUUCCAAACAGUCAAGCUUUCUUAUUGUUAGGCCGCGAGCUUCGUGAAGCCCAUCUUCAGGUCCUUCUUGGGGGUGGUGGCAGUUUGAGGUCAAAUAAUAGUAGUGGGCCAUUGACUGCUACUACUGACCCUUUCCUUUCUUCCCUUAUCAUGAACUUUCAUGCGUUUGAAGCUGAAGAGAUUCCGAAAUCCGUCAAUUCCAGUAUCGGGGACUUGUCUGCUAAGAAAACUGUGCCCUCUUAUCCUUGGAAGAAAAGGGAGAAUUCAGUUGCACUUGUUCACCUGUUAAAUAUGUCGUUAACUUGAGGAAACCAGUGAAGGACUACUAGGGGGAAUGAGAACUACAAAGAAAAGGAAGAUUCUCUUUAUUUUUGCCCACAUCAGAAAAGCACUAGAGAGAGGGAUGACCGGGUGUCUAGCUCGGGUCGAUGACUGAGAAAAUGUGGAGACAUUGGUCAAUACCUCAAUAUCUUAAUGUGGAAUAUGUAGUUUUCAUGUUAUUGCAGUAGUUCUCUUUCCGGAUGAGUGGUGAAUUCUUGCUGCAGUAGUCUUUGUGUAAUAUCUCUCUGUCCCGUUCUACUGUUAUUCUUGUUGCAGCAAUUACGAUCCUUCUUUAAGUUAUGAGGAGAGGGAAAGAAGGAUGAAGCAGGCAACAGAGAGAGCGGGUUUCGUGCAAGAUUUGCUCCUAGCCACCCUAUUAGGAGACUGAUAUGGAAGCAAUGCUUGGUUACUGCACAGGCUUGGUGUUUGUGCUCUGCAUUGUGCGAGAUUCUCCUAGCGAAAUUUAUACGUGCUCCGGAAAGUAAACCGAGAGAAUACCCAACCAUAAGAAAACGAUGUAAUGAUAAGUUCAGAGCAUUAUUGUUUCCUUUGCCCUAAUAUAUAUUUCACUUUGAUAUUUUUCCAGAGUCUUGACCCAGGUGUACAUAUUUUUGCUUUAGUUUCAGGGAGUCUAGAGGUAAUAACUUUUCAUACCUAAAGGGUUAUAUGUAAUAUGUAUGGAUAGAUAGUUUUUAUGACUCGCAUCAUAUCAACAAUCUAUAUUAUCUUAAAAUGAUGGGCCUUUUCUUA